AGGCCACAGGCGCGCACACGGGCGUCACAUGCUGGGGGGCCCCCGGGGAUGGGAGAGAAGCCCGUAAGGGUGCCAGAUGGCAGGGCUGAGAGGGGCGGGCAGCACGCGGAGGCGGGGAGGCGGCCCGCUGCUCAUCCCGAGGCCGCACGCCUCCUCCAGCCAUGGACGGGGCCGGGAGACAGCAGGUGCACGCCCUACUGCCCGUCUGCCUCGCCCUGGCCUUCUCCCUCGCCGCCCUGGGCAGCAGCCACUGGUGCGAGGGGACCCGCAGGGUGGCAAAGCCUCUGUGCCAGGACCUUCCGGGAGGGCUAGGAUGCAUUCAUCUCAACAGGGGCCACGGCGGUGGCAGGAGGGACGACGAGAGCCAGGCCGUCCAGUACAUUUGGGAGACGGGAGACGACAGGUUCAUCCAGAGCCGGUUCCACGUGGGGCUCUGGCGGUCCUGUGAGGAAAACCUCGGCAGCGCAGGUGAAAAGUGUAGAAGUUUCCAGAGUAUAAUACCAGCUGAAGAACACGGACUUUUGUGGCUGUCCAUUGGGGCCGAGAUCCUGAACAUCCUUCUGGUGUUGACGAGUGCCGUCCUCCUGGGCUCCGGAGUGAGUUCUCAGAGCGCUGGUUUCCGCUGGCUCAAUGUGGAUGCUUCUGUAGCCAUCCUCACGGUGCUCGCAGGGCUCCUCGGGAUGGUGGCCCACAUGAUGUACACAACCAUCUUUCAAAUCGCUGUGAACCUUGGUCCCGAAGACUGGAAGCCUCAGACGUGGGACUACGGCUGGUCAUACUGCCUCGCGUGGGGUUCUUUCGCGCUCUGCAUGGCUGUGUCGGUCAUGGCCGUGAACAGAUACACGGCAGCCCGCCUGGAGUUCAUAGAGAAGCAGAGGGUACGGAAAGGCAGUAAGCACUCUCAACACAAAUUCCCGGAACCCAAGGCUUCGGAAAGUGUUCGGGAAAUGGAAGCUGCUCCCAGCCCUGCCGGGCAUGCCCUUGUGAGUGCAUCUGAGCACCUGCCACCAAAUGCCCCAGGGAAGGUGUCCAUGUGCUAGUCACAAGCUACCAGCUCUGCAGAGGCAGGCCAGCCAGGCACUUACGUCCACAACGAACAUCUCUGGGGUGGACUUCAGAAGGCUGUGGUCCGGGUAAACCUUCUACCCAUCAUCUUACCCUUCAUUAAACACCUUUGGCUUCAGCUACUGGUUCCCGGUAAAAUGCCAGUAUCUUUAAGUGAGAUCACUCUUACAGAAGAUAUCAACCAUUGACACUCUAGUAUAAAUCAGCAUCUCAGGUUUUCCUGACAGUGAGUUUAAUCAAGAUAACCAAAGGAGAUGGGACAUGUGAACACUUAGGGUAAGAAGUUUUGAAGACAGGGGAAGGCAAGGUUCUAACUACCAAAAGUAUAAAAUGUGUUGCCCGCACAUGUUUGUUGACGGAAGAGUAUCCAGAAUUUUUUCCCCUUAAUUAACAGACACAGAUUGAUAGCAUGUGUGACUAUCCCAUACUUCCUUUUUUUUAUUUUCAUCAAGAAGCCACGAAUUGAAAUUAAAAAAAUUAGUUUUGUGUUACUUUAAAUAUAUAUUUUCUUCGAAAUUUCCUAAUUUCUACCUAUAGUAAAAUCUACUUAGAAGCAUAAUCAAAUGAUAAAACAAAAUGAGAACAGCCGGAUGGAAUGACACCUUAUCGCAACCAAGUAGAACAAAUGUUGGAAAUGUUGUACUUAAAUUGCUAGGCACUUUUGCUUCUAAAAAUAAACAUUGCUAUGGGGCUUCCUGGUGGCUCAGUCGACUGAGCGUUCAACUUUGGCUCAGGUCGUGAUCUCA